GGGUGAGGAUGGAGGGAGCCUGGGCCCGGAGGCUGUGUCGGACCGGGCACGCUGGCCUAGGCUGGGCCGGGCGGAAGCGAGGACCGCUGUGGGGACGGCGCUUUUCCCUCUGCCCCGCCCCCUGGGACCACCUCCCCUCCCCCCUGCUGUCCGGCGGCCGCGGUCUGGCCGGUGGCCGUUAGUUAGGCUUCCCGAGGCCGUUCUUUUAGGCCGGUUUCGCCUGAGCUGCGGAGAAGCAGUCUCCCUGCAGUUAGAGCAGGCCGCAUCUUAACGCCCGGCUCAACUUGUGGGGAAAAGGCUGUUUGGGAUUCCGGGACUUUCCCGCCAGAGCAGGGUCUUCUCUCAAGGGAGAGCUGUUUUCACCGGGAAGCUCAGCUUUCUAUCACACCUGCUUCUCCUCUCGCCUUCCGUGAGACCUGAAUGAUAUUUCUCGGCUACUUCUGCGUCUCACGUAAACAAUUCUCCAACUCUUUUUUACUCUGUGGUGUCUCCCUGAGAUGUGAUAUCGCUAGUGCCACCACCAGAAAGAGCGUCUGGACCCUCCUGCCCAGGUUAUGAAAAUCCCCUUAAUUGCCACAGUUUGUUUACCUGGCUCAUCGCCUCCCGGAUUUUGUAUCUUUGCUAAAGUCAGUGAUGUGAAAAGACCUGACAUGGAUGAUAUUGCUGAUAGGGUGAGGAUGGAUGCUGGAGAAGUAACUUUAGUGAACCACAACUCCAUCUUCAAAACCCACCUCCUGCCACAAUCGGGUUUUUCAGAGGACCAGAUUUCACUUUCUGACCAGCAGAUUUUACCUUCCAGGCAAGGAAAUUUGGACCGAUCUUUUACAUGUUCCACAAGAAGUGCAGCUUAUAGUCCAAAUUAUUACUCAGACAACCCUUCCUCAGACAGUUUUCUUGGCUCAGGCGACUUAAGAACUUUUGGUCAGAGUGCAAAUGGCCAGUGGAGAAAUUCCACUCCGGCAUCAAGCUCAACUUUACAGAAAUCCAGAAACAGCCGAAGUCUUUACCUCGAAACCCGAAAGGCCUCAAGUGGAAUAUCAAACACUUUUACAGGAAAAUCAAACCAUCACUGCCACAUGUCUGCAUAUGAAAAAUCUUUUCCUAUUAAGCCUGUUCCAAGUCCAUCUUGGAGCAGUUCAUGUCGUCGAAGCCUUUUAAGCCCUAAGAAAACUCAGAGGCGACAUGUUAGUACAGCAGAAGAGACAGUUCAAGAAGAAGAAAAAGAGAUCUACAGACAGCUGCUACAGAUGGUCACAGGGAAACAGUUCUCUGUAGCCAAACCCACCACCCAUUUUCCUUUACAUCUGUCUCGGUGUCUUAGUUCCAGUAAGAACACUUUGAAAGACUCACUGUUUAAAAAUGGAAAUUCUUGUGCAUCACAUAUCAUUGGCUCUGAUACUUCAUCUUCUGGAUCUGCCAGCAUUUUAACUACCCAGGAACAGCUGUCUCAUAGUGCAUAUUCCUUAUCGUCAUAUACUCCAGAUGUUGCAUUUGGAUCCACAGACUCUGAUUCUUGUCAUCAACCCCACCAUCACCACUCUCUUCCACAUCAACCAAAUAAUUUACCAGCAUCAAAUACACAAUCUGAAGGAUCAGACUCUGUGAUUUUACUCAAAGUGAAAGAUUCUCAGACUCCAACUCCCAGUCCUACUUUCUUCCAAGCAGAGCUGUGGAUCAAAGAAUUAACUAGUGUUUAUGAUUCUCGAGCUCGGGAAAGAUUGCGCCAGAUUGAAGAGCAGAAAGCACUGGCAUUACAACUUCAAAACCAGAGGUUGCAGGAACAGGAACAUUCAUUACAUGAUUCAGUAGAACUGCAUCUUCGUGUACCUCUUGAAAAGGAGAUUCCUGUCACAAUUGCCCAAGAAACAGAAAAAAAGAGUCAUAAAUUAACUGAUAGUGAAGAUGAAUUUCCUGAAAUUACAGAGGAAAUGGAGAAAGAAAUAAAGAAUGUAUUUCGUAAUGGGAACCAAGAUGAAGUUCUCAGUGAAGCAUUCCGCUUGACCAUUACACGCAAAGAUAUUCAAACUCUUAAUCAUCUGAAUUGGCUCAAUGAUGAGAUCAUCAAUUUCUACAUGAAUAUGCUAAUGGAGCGAAGUAAAGAAAAGGGAUUUCCAAGUGUGCAUGCAUUUAAUACCUUUUUCUUCACUAAGUUAAAAACGGCUGGUUAUCAGGCAGUGAAGCGUUGGACAAAGAAAGUGGAUGUAUUUUCCGUUGACAUUCUUUUGGUGCCCAUUCACCUGGGAGUGCACUGGUGCCUAGCUGUUGUGGAUUUUAGAAAGAAGAAUAUCACUUAUUAUGAUUCUAUGGGUGGAAUAAACAAUGAAGCCUGCAGAAUCCUUUUGCAAUACCUAAAGCAAGAAAGUAUUGACAAGAAAAGGAAAGAGUUUGACUCCAAUGGCUGGCAGCUCUUCAGCAAGAAAAGCCAGGAAAUACCACAGCAAAUGAAUGGAAGUGACUGUGGGAUGUUUGCCUGCAAAUAUGCUGACUGUAUUACCAAAGACAGACCAAUCAACUUCACACAGCAACACAUGCCAUACUUCCGGAAGCGAAUGGUCUGGGAGAUCCUCCACCGAAAGCUCUUGUGAAGAUUGUCUCUGUGAACAGACACCUGACUUUGGGGGACCAGCCCUUUGUUGUCUACAGCCAGAGACCUUGGAAACAGCUGCUCCCAACCCUCUGUUCUCAUAAUGCCCUUGAUCCUGGACCAGGCCCUGGCGAGAUGCAUUCACAAGCACAUCUGCCUUUCCUUUUGUAUCUCAGAUACUAUUUUUGCAAAGAAACUUUGGUGCUGUGAAAGGGGUGAGGGACAUCCCUAAGCUGAAGAGAGAGACUGCUUUUCACUUCAGUUCUGCCAUCUUGUUUUAAAAGGGCUCCAGCCUCAUUCAGUCCCUGAUUAGGUAGGGGACUGAGAAAAGCUUGGGAAGAAUCUUGGUUUCAUGUAAACUCUUGUUGCUAGGCCUUAUUUAGAAGUAGGACAGGGCAUGGACAAAAGGUAGGGACAAAAACCACCAGCAUACACAUGCACAUAAACAUACACACUUGAUUUUCAAGAUGUGUGGUCAGGAAUGUGACUAUAAACUGGACUUCGGGGCACAUGCGUAAGUCCCCUCUUCCAGAACCCUUCCUAUUUUUAUGCCCCUUGUGAAAUGUAACAACUUCUCUACAAGGCUGUUUUAUCAUCAGUAGCUUUGUCCCAUCGUGAGGCACAGUAUGCAAGCCCUAGGCAGACCCCAAAGUCCUGAGCAGUCCUUAAGAGCAGGCAUUUACAUGUGCUAACAACACAUGCUAUAGGGAAGACCCACCCAGGGAGGGGUCAGUGGAGUCACAAAGCCCCACUUCUACAGUUGCCUACUUCUGACCAAGAAGAAGGACCUCAGUCUUUAGUAUAAAACUCCAGUGUUGGAUGAGUGCAGGUCUAGUUGGUCUGUGGCUAGUUAGUUUAAAUAUGUUUCUAACCACAGAGGAUUUAAUAUAUAUAUAUAUAUAUAUACAUAUACAUAUAUAUAUAUUUCACAGGGAGAUGUUUUUAAAAAAAAAAAAAAGACUGAAUGUGUUCACCAUUUAGCCUGUAGAUUUAUUUUCAUUUUUCCAAAUUCCAGCACACAAAGAUCCCAACCCCCCUCUGUGUAGGGGGCUUGUGGACUUCUUAACAGAAUAUUUUGAGGCCUGGAUGAACUUUGGUUAGGGGUAGAGGUUAUCGAGGGAGGUAACAUUUUUUCAGCUGAAAAACGGGUGGAAUUUGGACUGAUCAACUUGGGAUUUAAAAACUGCUGUUCCUUUUGUUCUUUCUAGCAUCUCUCCCACCCUCUGAGAGCUCCUAUGGCUUAGAUAGUGAAAUGAUCCAAUGCCAGUGUCAUUUUGUACUUAAGUUCCAAAAUAGGAACAUUUUAUACUUUUUUCUGUAUUGUAAUAGGUAGUUUUGUAUAAAAUCUUUUCUCCUC